AAAAAAAUCAUUUGAAUGGAAAAGUUGUAUUCAACAAAGUUGUAGAUAUCUUUCUUGGCUAACUACUGGAAUUUGAAUUACAUGCACUGGAUUUGUAGUUUAUGAGAUAUGACCAAAACGGUGAUCACCUGUCACUUUCCAUCGCAACUGCAAAUGUCUGAUUUCUUUGAGAAAUAUGUCCAUUCUACGAUUGUUAUUUGGUUAUGUGUUCUUCAUAAUAGUUGUAGAUCAAGAAGAUCUCAAUGUAAUGCAACUGGUAUCACAAACUUUGGGCAAGCAUGCGCCAAGUUAUGAUCAAGAUACAAACAUGUGUCUUUAUGCAUUGUCCAUUUUCAUCAAAAGUGGCCAUAUAGGCGACCCCUUCUUGGUUUUUGAGCUUCCUUUCAUGAUUUCAUCAUCUCUUGGACUCUUCUCAUUGAACAAUUGGUCAACAUAUCUUGCAAACUUCCGUAGCAAUUCAUUUGUUGGCAAAAAAUGCCACUUUCUUCACGCAAUUGACACGAAAUUUGGCCAAACAUGUUAUGAAUGUGAUUUUUACCCGAUUUCAUGAAACUUGAACCAAAAUAUAUAAAACAUGCCUUGUUUUUUAUAUUUUCAAUCCAAAAAUCGCUUAAAUUUGAUAAGAAAAAUAAGUACAAAAAUGAACAUACCACUUCCUUUUCUUUAAAACGAAAGGAGAAGAGGGUGAGGUGGUUAAGAAUAUCCUCCAGACUUAUGAGGUGUUGUCGUGGCAGGUCAUUAAUUAUGAUAAAUCAAGUGUUGCCUUUAGUAGGAAUGUCGAGCCUGCUGUUGGUGAAGUACUUUGCUCAAUUCUGGGGGUGUGCAAGGAAGGGAUCACCACGAAAUAUCUGGGAUUACCGUCUCUGGUGGAUCCGAAUAAGGAGACUUUGAGUUACUUGAAAGAGCGAGUAUUGAAACGACUACAAAGCUGGAAUAAUAGAUUUCUCUCCGUGCUGUGAGAGAAAUACUCCUGAAGACGGUUAUCUAAUCUAUGCCGACGUAUGCACUCAAUGUAUUUUUACUACCAGAUGAGUUAUGUAAUGAGAUUCAGAUGCUUAUGAAUGGCUAUUGGUGGAGGGGUAAUGAUCUUACUGGGAAGGGAAUUAUAUGGAAAAAAUGGCAGACAUUCUUCCCUUCGAGAGCAAAAGGUGGCUUGAGUAAGCGGUUGAAAGAAUUUAAUUUGGCCAUGUAGGGUAAACAAGGAUGAAUAUUAGUGACUGACCCGACGUCUUUGGUUAGCAGAGUUCUCAAGGCCAUGUAUUUUCCACUCACCACCUUCGAAGAAGCUCGGUUGGGGAGUCAUCCCUCUUUUAUUUGGUGGAGUAUCACGGCAGCUCAAAGGGUAGUAUUGGAGGGGACAAGGUGAAGAGUUGGUAAUGACAAGGAAAUUUAUGUAUAGAAUGAUGCUUGGCUUCCAUGCGCAAGCAAUGGAAAGGUGAAUUCUGUGCGGCCAAGUUGAGUUUGGAUAUGAAUGUGGCUGCUUUAUUGUGUGAAAACGGAAAAGAAUGGAAUGUAGAGAGAGUAAGAUCCAUUUUAUCAGCAGAUGAAGCCUCGAUUAUCAUGAAUAGGUGUUUUAAAAUAGGCACAUGAACUCGAAAAGGGCACAAAUCAACAAAAGGUGUUACAAAUUCCUAUCCUUUGGACUUUGUGAUAAUUUAAUUUGGU